AUGCCUACAUGUCGCGUUGCUGUCCACCGUGACUCCGAUGAUGAGGCCUAUGUCUACAAUUGGCAGACGGGCAUGCACCCGGAUGAUCCUAUGCGCCUGGAGAGUACUAUUCAUCCUCGGAGCCAAUUUGCGACCGCAAUGGGCGGUUGGAACGCCCUGCGCCUGCAGGAUACCAUGGACCUCAUUUUCGGGAGAAGGGCCCCAUUCAGGAGCAAGUCUGGAAUGAAGGUGGCUCCACAACAAUUUGGCACCCGAAUGAUACGCUCCCAGUAG